UCUAACAGAGCCUUGGCACCCCCAGCAGCCUGAGCCCGUUGUCCUUCAGCCAGGGACUGCCCUGUGGAUGGGAUCAGAGGUGCUCCCUGUGGGAGGGAACCCUGGGACACAGCAUUGGGGUUUUUGGUGAGUGACAGCCCUGUGGAUAGGACUGGAGAUGCUCCCUGUUGGGGGGAGCUCUGGGACACAGAUUUGGGGGUUUGGUCUGUCAUAGCUCUGUGGAUGGGAUCAGAGAUGCUCCUUCCUGUUGGGAGAGCUCUGGGAUACACAUUUGGGGUUUUGGUGGGUGACUGCUCUGUGGGUGGGACUGGAGAUGCUCCCUGUUGUGGGGAGCUCUGGCACCCAGAUUUGGGGUUUUUGGUCACAUUGUUGUGUGCAGGUCAGAGGGUGCUGCUGGCUCCUGUCACCCCUGGCUGCUCACUCCUGGAUGUUUUUGGGGUUUCCUCCCUYUCUGUGGUUCGUUUCCUCACAGUGGGUCUCAGGCUGCUUCCCGAGCUCCUCAGACAUGUCCAGGGAGGGAUUCUGGAUCCAUUUCCAGCUCAGCAGGGUGGUUUGUGUUCUUAGCCUCCCCUCUGGGGAUCAAACCCCCCYAGUUCCAUGCUCACAGCCCCUUUGGGCUCUUGCAGAACCGCCCCAAGGCCGAGUGCUGCUGGUGCUCAGCAUGGACAACACGUGCCCCACCUCCUCCUUCRACCUGGACCUGUGUGCCCACAAACUGCAGGCUCUUGGGCUCCAGGUGCCACUGGAUCCGUGCAGGAGGCUGAUCCAGGAUGGGCUCCUGACRCCCGAAAUGAGGCGGUUCCUGUUCUACAGCUCCAGGGGCUUCCAGAUCGCCAUGGCCGUGGUGAGGGCUCSGGGGGCAAGGGGGGUUGGCUGGGGGGCAGAUGCUGCUGUUAACACAUCCCUGGUAUAUUAUAUACUGUUUGRCACUAAUACCCACAGCACACUCGGUUUGUAACCCCUGGGACAGCACUGGGGCACUGGUGUGCUGGUGACACUGGUGGCCAUGGCUGUCACUGUGCUGGUGAUCCUGGUCAUUGAUCGGCACCAGAGGAAGCUAAAYRUGAACACAGAUGUGAGACUGGCAGCUGUCAAUGAAAUCUUUAUCAAACACAACUUAAUCCUGGGAAUUACAGAUGUCCUGGAUGGGCCACGCAACAUCCUAAAACUGUGGUUUGUGCACUUCAGCCCCGAGCGCUGCCUGCAGGCCCUGUCAGCCCUCAUCUCUCACCUGCAGGGGACACAGCAGGCAGGACUCAGGCAUAGCCUGGACAGGCUCCGUGUGGUCAUAGAUGGGGCAGCUCAGCCCGAGCUGGGGCUGGAGGAGGAGGAGGAGGCUCCAUGUGAAGAAUCCCCUCUUUUGUCCAGCGGGGUGACCCCAAAUAAAGACCCUGUGCCCUGCACUGAGCUCCUGCGCCUCGUCCCCGAGGGCCCAGCCGAGGUGAUGGCCCAGCAGCUCCUGGUGCUCUGCAGCGGGUGCUAUGUCCGGCUCCUGGUGACGGGCCGGCUCCCUCGGGCCAUGCCAGGGGGACACMUGGAGCACAGCAAUGUCCCCUGUCCCUGCCAGUUCAUCCAGAGCACCRUGCUCAGCCCCCAGCACGGCUGGGGCAGGACCAGGUGACCAAAUAAAGGUGUCCCCACACCCCAGCGUGGRGAGGCUGCCCUGGAUGAGCAUGUGGAAAUGGACUGGGAUGGAACAGGCAGGAAGCUGCUCCCCUUGGAGACCUCCUGCUCUCCAGCUCUGUGGGGAGGAGCUGCCCUGAGCUCAGAAACACCCCAGGGACAGCCUGGGACUCGCUGGUGUCCAAACCCUCCUGCCACCAACCAUCAGCCCCUCGCACAGCAGAGCCAGAGCACGGCUCGGGGUGGCAGCAGAGCCCUGGGGCACUGGCAGCUCGCACUGGGCUCUUCCCAGGGUGCAGGGUGACCCUGCUCCUCCUCCUGUGCUCCUGUCACCAGCAGUGGUGAGGUGAGAUCCACCUGUUCCUGUAAGAGCAGCCAGACAGCCCCAGCAGCGAGCCCCCGACACAGGAUCCCCUUAUYRGUGACCCCAACAAAGGAUCCCCUUAUCAGUGAYCCCAACAAAGGAUCCCCUUAUCAGUGAYCCCAACAAAGGAUCCCCUUUUCCCUGAGCCCCAAACAAAGAGUUCCCUUAUUAGUGACCCCCCCAAAAAAGGAUCCCCUUAUCAGUGACCCACCCAAAAUAUGAUCCCCUUAUCAGCAAUUCCCCAACAAAGAAUCCCCUUAUCAGUGAGCCCCCCACAUGAUCCCCUUAUCAGUGACCCACCCAAAAUAAAGGAUUCCCUCAUCAGUGACCCCCCAAUAAAGGAUCCCCUUUUCAGUGAGCCCCCAACACAUGAUCCCCUUAUCAGUGACCCCAACAAAGGAUCCCUUUUCUCUGAGCCCCAAAGGGUUCCUUUAUCAGUGAUCACCCAAAACAUGAUCCCUUUAUCAGUGACCCCAAAAAAGGGUCUCCUUAUCACCAAGCCCCCAAAGGGUCCCCUUAUCAGCAAGCCCCCAACAAAGGAUCCUCUUAUAAAUGACCCCCUCCCCCCCCAAAAUAAAGGAUUCCCUCAUCAGUGACCCAACAAAGGACCCCCUUACCAGGGACACCCCCCCACAAGAUCCCCUUUCCCCCCCCAUGCUUCACGACCCCAAGCACUGCAAUGACACCAACCCCAUCCCAAGAGGAAAACCCCCACACUCCCAAUUGGCUGAUGUUCAUCACCUUUAUUGAGGUUGAGCUGCCACAGGAGGGGUUCAGGCAGAGUCCCCCCCACACGGGUGGGGUUUGGGGUUCUGCUGUCAUUGCUCUGUGACAGUGCAGGGGUUGGGGACACAUCCUGCUGUGGUCUGGGGUUGGCAGGGCACCUUCAGCACCU